AUGUGCGAAUACACCAAGAACUACUAUAUCUACACCUCAUGUGUCGACCCCGGAGCUCACUUUUUCGGCACCUCGGUCGAUGGCAAGAGGGAACACAGAUGUCCACGCGGUCCUCAUGAGCGAUAUAUUGUGGUACCAGGGCACUGUCCAUUGUGUUCCUGA